CUUCCAAGAAUAUUUCUACGCUGAAGCCUCUGCGAUAAACGCACCUUAUAUAGUUUCAAGUCAACUCGGGUAUCAACGAAAGGCAAGGAGAUCGAUCUACUUUCUCGGGCACUGCAGACUGUGCCCUUUCCGUGGCAUCUCGGGGCUCUAGCUAUCCUGCCAGCAAUACCCAGCACGGCUGCCUCGAAGCUGCCGGGGGUUUACGGGCAGACGCUGCGGCGGUGCAGCUCAUAACAGCAAUAACAACCACGAUAUGUGGUGUUUCCUGGGAAUUCAUUACCAGUCGGGGUCCCUUCAGUGAGAUGCAAAGCAGCUCCGUUUUACUGUGACCACCAGACCUUAACAGCAGCUUGCUGGCCUUGAGCAAUCAUGUUGUCGUACUUGUCCUACACAGUAGUAGCUGCUUUGCUGAUGACUUGCCACGCACUGUGUAACUGUCCAGGAGCUCCUGGACGAGCUGGUCUGAAAGGACAGCCACGUCUACCACGUCUACGUGAUUUUCUGGACACUGGAUUCCACAGUUCUUUAGUAAAUUUGAAAUACCAACUUUCCAGGCUUGAAGGCGUGCUUGCUUUGGAUGGGAAAAUAAAAGUAGUAGGAGAGAAAAUACUUGCCAGCAACGGGAAGGAAGUUGAUUUUGAAUCUGCACUAGAAUCCUGUGAAGAGGCUGGAGGAACUCUUGCAACUCCCGUGAAUGAGGAGGAGAAUAAAGCUAUUUUGGGUAUUGUGAAACAGUAUAACAGAUAUGCCUACCUGGGCAUUAAAGAGGGUGAGACUUCAGGUGAAUUUAUGGAUAUAAAUGGCACUCCUCUGAAUUAUACCAAGUGGCACCAAAAUGAGCCUAAUGGCAAAGGGAGAGAGAAUUGCGUAGAGAUGUACAGUGAUGGGACCUGGAAUGACAAAAAAUGCAACCUGAAUCGCCUCACAAUCUGUGAAUUUUAAAGAAUGGCCUUUCAGCCACCUCAGAGUAUGGAGGCAAUGAAAUAUCCUGUAUGUCAGAUUUAUGCAUUUUCUGCAAUUAUUCUAUGUUGGAAAAUCUAAAAUGAAUCAUAUUAUGGUAUUUUUAAUCCUUAAGAAAAUGCCAAAUGUCGUAGGUGAUUAACUUAAUUAAAAUGUGCCUGAUCUGC